ACUUGAGGCCGUUGAGAUCGAACUCAAACCUUGUCUUUAUUUCUUUUUUGGUAGACCCAAUUAUUACUCAUUUAGGCAUCGGAGUGUCUACCUCAAGAACAUGAAACAGAAGUAAUGGAUAUGAAUGAUCUAGAAAAGGAGGUCUUCAGCAAAGUAAAGACAAUUGACUACUACACAACCGUCCUGAAGAUUAAAGGGCUAAAAGACAUGCCUGUCGGUUUUUAUUAUAUUGGUGAAUAUAUGGAUGAUCCUGCAACGAUUGGAAAUCCGGUUGCAAUGCAGAGAUUCUACGCUGACACUGACAUUUUCUUAUUCUGGUCAUAUGGCAAUUCUGCAGAUAUUGAGGGAUCAACUGUCAGCAAUCUUGCAAUCAAGGCAGUUCAAUCAAUGGGAGGCGAAGUUGAGAAUGUGGUUUUACAACGACGCUUCAAAUAUUUCCCUUAUGUUAGCAACCAAGAUAUGAAGGAUGGAUUUUAUGAUCGAUUUGAGACUGAACUCCAAGAAUGCGGGGAUAGGAGUUCCAAAGAAUUAGGUGAACUUCCAGGAGUGGAAUUCCCUGAUCUGUCUACUCUUGAUGGCUAUUUGAAGCACUGGGGAACUCAUACUGUCACUCAAAACAAAAUUCUAUAUAUUUGGAUUAAUGAAGAAGUAGUGAUCGGUCAGAGGACCUAUGCAGAACUUAACGCCAAUGCUUCUUGCAUUGCUCAUAAGAUCUUGACAAACACCAAACCAGUCAUCAAACCUGGUGACAGGGUUCUCUUAGUUUUUGUGCCAGGUCUAGACUUCAUUGAUGCAUUUUUUGGCUGCUCAAGGGCCAGGGUUUUACAAGUUCCAGUUCUUCCUCCUGAUCCUCUACAGAGAGGCAGGCAAACACUUUUGAAGAUUGAAAAUAUUGCCAAAUCAUCUAAUGCCAAGGCAAUUUUAUCCACAAAUAUUUAUCACUCGGCAGUUUGGGCUGGUUUGGUGAAGAAUAUAAUAUCAUUGGCAGGAAAGAAUGGGAAAUCUUCAGGUAGAUGGCCUAAUCUUCAGUGGUUGCACACUGAUUCUUGGAUCAAGAACUUCAAGAAUGAACUUCUUGACGAUAUAGUUAAUCAAUCGGAACCACAGCCAGAUAAUCUGUGUUUUUUACAAUUCACAUCUGGGUCAACUGGUGAUGCCAAGGGCGUUAUGUUUACUUAUGGUGGGCUUAUCCACAAUGUGAAGUUGAUGCGGAGGAGAUACAAGAGCACCUCCAAGACAGCAGUAGUUAGCUGGCUCCCUCAAUACCAUGGCAUGGGAUUGAUUGGGGGAAUUUUCAUUGCUAUGGUUCGUGGUGGAUCAGCCAUAUUGUUUUCCCCAAUGACAUUCAUCAGAAAUCCCCUUAUGUGGCUUCAGACUAUGAGCAAAUACAAGGCAACUCACAGUGCUGGACCCAAUUUUGCUUUUGAGCUUAUAGUUCGAAGACUUGAGUCUGAAAAGAAUAAGGUUCGGAAAUAUGACCUUUCUUCUAUGAUUUUUCUAAUGGUAGCAGCUGAGCCAGUGAGGCUGAAAACUAUGAAAAGAUUUAUCGAGCUGACUUUUCCUUUUGGCCUUACACAAGAGGUGAUGGCACCUGGUUAUGGCUUGGCUGAAAAUUGUGUCUUUGUCAGUUGUGCAUUUGGAGAAGGGAAGCCUAUCUUUGUUGAUUGGCAGGGAAGGGUUUGCUGUGGAUACAUUGAUUCAGGUAAUGGAGAUGUUGACAACAAAAUAGUUGAUCCAGAGACUGGUGAAGAGCUCAAAGAAGCUGGGAAAGAAGGAGAGAUAUGGAUUACUAGUCCAAGGCUGGGGUUGGUUAUUGGGGCAGGGAAGAGCUUAGCCAGCAAACAUUUAGAUAUGAGCUUCAAAAUCACACGGAACAUUUACUCAGCAGAUGUUGAAAAGACCAUGGAGAGCACCUCUGAACUUCUACACCCAGGAUGUUGUGCAGUCAUCGGUUUUCCUGAGGAAGUCCUGUCAGCAAAAGGAAUUUCAAUUCGAGAUGGUUCUGAUCAGGUUGGUUUGGUUGUGAUUGCAGAAAUUAGAGAUGGUAAACCUGUUGAUAAUGAUGUCGUUGAAGAAAUAAAAACUCGGGUCACAGAAGAACAUGGUGUUAGUGUUGCUUCUGUCAAGCUGAUCAAGCCUAAGACCAUCAGUAAAACAAAGCCAGGGAAGAUCAAAAGAUUUGACUGUCUCAAUCAGCUUGCUGGAGGAACUCUAAACACAGUUCCAGACCCAAUUUUUUCCAAGAAAAAAUUGCUCCAGUCAUUCACUACUGGAACAUGUAAAGAUGGAUUCACUCCUCGGCCUCAAACAGCGAGUAUUCCUUUGCUCACCUCAUUUCUGAAAGGGUUGGUAUCUGAGCUGACAGGGAUUCCUAUAAAGAAUGUUUCAGAAACUGAGAUCCUCGUCUCCUAUGGAAUUGAUUCAAUUGGUGUCGUCAGAGCAGCUCAGAAACUUUCAGAUUUUCUGGGCGUGCCCAUUGGAGCUGUAGAUAUCUUCACUGCAACCUGCAUUGCAGACUUGGCAAGCUUCUCAGGAAGUCUUAUAGUAAAGUCUCAACCUCAACUUUUGGCAAAUUCAGGCCUUCAUCCUGAAACUGGUAUUUACUCCGAUGAUCUGAUGGCAGAAGUUACCACAUCUCACCAAGUGGGUAUCUGGAUUCUACAAUUCUUGGCCCUCAUAUCUGUCUCUUUCAUGCUUAGCAUACCUGCUUAUGCAUCAGUUUCUUCAUUCAUGAGUUUCAUCUCAGCCAGCCAUACCCUGACAGAAGGAGGGCAAUGGCUGCAUUAUAUAGUACCUUUGGCCUUUGCUCCUUUUGCUUGGAUCCUCUGCAUAUUCUUGUCUUGCCUUUGCAUUGCUCUUGUCCAGAAGAUCGCUUCCACGGUUCUUGCAGAGCAUUUGAGAGGGACAGUGUUCUUAAAUUACUGGUUUGAGAUGCUUGGAGCAAGAAUUGGAUCAUCAGUCUUGCUGGAUUCUGUCGACAUCGCAGACCCUUCUCUAGUUUCAAUUGGAGAUAGUACUCUGAUUGCAGAAGGGACAUUAAUUCAAAGCCAUGAGGUGAGGAAUGGAAUCUUAAGCUUCCUCCCUAAUAGAAUUGCCCGGAAUUCUUCAGUUGGCCCAUAUGCUAUAAUCCAAAAAGGGACUGUUCUGCAAGAGGAAUCUGAAGUUCUUUCCUUGCAAAAGACUGAAGAAGGAAAGUUCGUAUCCAGAUCCACAAAAGCUGGUACAGUAAAGUCUAAUGUUAGCUACAGAACUCAGAAUAAAAUCAUUUCCCAGAUUAUGGGCAUUUACAUGGUUGGUUUCCUCAGCACUCUCUCCUCAGCUAUUCUCUCUUUCUUCUACAUUUGGAUAUCCCAAAGUCCUGUUUCCCUUCAACAAUUCACAUUCCUUUGCAUAUUAGGAGCCUUCCGUUGGAUCCCAUUCACUGCCAUUGCGUAUGUCACCAUGUUUUCUCAUAUCGCUUCAAAUCCAGCUAGUUUUGUGAUCUCAACUGCUCUCACUUAUCUAGCUCAUGGGUUGAUACUCAGUUUUCUUACAUCCACUUUGACCCAUUUGCUUCGCACAUUAGCUGAUUUUGCAACAUGGCUAUUAUGUGGGCUAGCUGCAAGUAAGCAGCAUGUGAAGAGAGUUCCACACAUACGUGAUGCAGUUUGGACGCUCAUCCGGUUCACAUAUGGACAAGAGAUGUAUGUGAAGUUCAAGUUGCGGCCUUAUGAUGAGAGCAUCAAUGAGGAUACCAGUAAGGUGGAACCUACAGCAAUUCUCCCGCAAGAAACAGGUGCCAUUCCGACGGAUGAGAAAGACAGUCUCCCCUUACUUUUCCUUGCCGAAGAUUUCAACCGCCGUGUAAAUUGUUCUGGUGAUGUUCGCUACAUCUUUCAACUGCAAGUUCGACCAAUUCCAGAAGAUGAAACCAUCCGUAACAUUGCACUUGACUGCACCAAGCCCUGGGGUGAGGCCGAGCUUCCAUAUAUCAACAUAGGGCUUCAUCAUCCUCUCAGAGCUUCCAUUGAUCAUGGUCGUUCUUUGAUCUAUGAGAUUUGCCAACAUUUAAGAAACAAGGAGCCACUUCCAGAGGCAUGGAGGAUCUUCCUGGAACAGUCUGAUGAAAAGGUAAACCUUUCAGGGUGUCCAAUGGCAGCAGCAUUGGAGACAAAGGAGACAGAGAAACUGACCCCGGCAAGAACAUGUUCUCUAUGCUCCUCUGAACUGGGUUCUCCACUUAAAGGACUCCGAGACUCUCCCCGUUCAUUGGUUGCUUCUGGAAUUCUUGCUUCUCUGAUUUGUGUGGUUGCAAACUGGGUCCUAGUGGGGAAGAAGAAAGAAGAUAAAACUGUGCAAAUAUGGAGCAAAGGGGUGUUUGCGAAUACCAUAUGGCAAGCUUUUACAACUCUGGUUGGGGACUGUUUUAUGGAAAUGACCAGUGGGUCUGUUUUAUUUGUGCUGUGGAUGAAGCUGAUGGGUUCACAUGUAGAACUGGAUCAAGGGGUUUAUGUGGACAGCAUGGGAGCUCUACUGAAUCCUGAGAUGGUGAGAGAAGGUUGUGUAGGAAGAGAAGCUCUGCUUUUCGGACAUAUAUAUGAAGGGGAAGGAAGGAAAGUCAAGUUCAGGAAAAUCAGAAUUGGAGAAGGUGGGUUUGUAGGGAGCAGAGCUGUCGUCACGCCUGUACCCAUAGUGGAAAGUGGAGGAAGCCUCAGUGCUCUCUCCCUGGCCAUGAAAAAUGAGAUAGUGAAGUAAAUGAUGGCAUUGGCUGCCUUUCAUUGGUCUUGGAUAACGCACCCUUAGCUCAUGAUGUAAUGCCCUUGCUGUUUUUUUUUUUCCCCUCUAAAUCUCCAGCACCAUAGAAAAUAAAAAGUUUAGGUUUAA